GCUAUGUACAUAUUAUUAUGUAGAUGAAUGAACGGUGUGAAGUGAAGAUCUGUUGUUGUCUUCGAAUUCAUCGUCCCAGUCCCAAGCUCCGUUGCGUCAGGCAUAACCAGUACCGGUAUAUUCAGAAUUUUAGCACCGUUGUUCGGCCAUUCGCCAACAUCACUUUCUAUUCAUUUAGCUGUCUACGUGGAAUUGUCCCAGGUUUUUAGCUACAGUACCCGUAUUGACGUGCACAGUUUCACGCACAACAGUCCUGAUCAGCACAAAGACUCGACAGUGCAAGCUAGUGUUCAGUGCUGAACAUCUCCCCGUGCAGCGGUAUUGACGUACACGUACAGAUCCACAGUAGCCUCUCCAAGCACACUACCAGUAGUCGGCACUGCCCUGUACUCUGCACACGUACACGGUGGUGUGUGUGUGUGUGUGUGUGUGUGUGUGAGAGAGAGAGAGAGAGAGAGAGAGAGAGAGAGAGAGUGAAUGGAAUCCAGUGUUGCCGGCACAACGACCCUACGGCAUCAUGUUUGCUACAAAGUUGCGUGCCAAUCUCAAGACCGUGAGUAGCUGCGUUCAGCGCGGCUACUGUGCGUGUAGAACAUCAUCGCCGAGACGAAAUGCUCCUAGCAUGCUCGCGACCAUGCAGGCGUCGACAUGGCCCAGUCAAACAGUGAGGUGGUGUUCAGAUCGGGGUGGCAGUCGAAUCACUACCGUGCAAGAUGCCGUUGCUGCUAUCGACUCGAUGUCCGCCGGCAUGAUCAAGACGCACACGUUCGAGCCCGGUGAUUUGAUUUCACGGUGCGCUCUGAUCCACUGCCACAUGGGCGAGAUGCAGAACGUGAAGAAGCUCCGGGUUAUCCUGGAGGCGUGCGCUCGCGUCACCGACGAGAACAGUGACGUGACCGAGCUGGUUGUGGCCGUGCUGAAUCACCUCGCUAGCUUGCCCGCUGAUCUCUGGCAAGAAGGCAAGAACCAGCAGCAGCUGAGGAUGGUGCUGCACUGGGCGGCCCGGUGCCGAUGCACGACGCCGGAGUUCAUGGACUUGCUGCAGCGACAAUUGGACGCCGAGCGCAUUGAUCAAUGCAAGCUUGUUGGCCAGUGCGCACGCGCUCUGUUCGUGCUGAACACGCCCGAUCCGUGCCUGGCCGAAAGCUUGAUGACUCGCUACUUGGCGAUACACGCUACGGGUAAUCCCAUGUUCCGCGAUACUGAAGUACUCUCACUGCUUCUCUACUGUACACUGUGUGGUGUAGAGUGCAGUGCCUUGCUGAAGCUGAUCAGUGUUGAUCAACUGAUCCAGAAUUGCGAUGUACAUCAUCUGCAACAGUUACUCAUGCACAACACACUCCCAGUUACUGCUGAUCAGCGGCAACAGAUAAUGGACAAGCUCUCAGUUCAGUUCCAGGAAGACGUGAAAAGUCAGCACGCAGGCCAAAUGUAUGACAUGCUGUCAUACUUUAUUGGCCCAAAGUACACCACUGGCAUAUCUCUGGUGGAUGGUACGAAAGUUCAGGCAUUGUGCAUCUUCAACCAAGACCAUGAACCAGUGGAGACUGCUGCGUAUCCAGCUGAUGUGUACGAUGGUGUAGCAGUAGACAUGACUGCAGCUACGCGUCGUGGUUUCAGUGUCGUGGCCUGCCUGAGUGCGAGUGAGAUGAAUCUGCUACGCUAUCCCGGUGACAUAGCCAGUGGGCAAGUCGCACUCCUUGCGUCCGCUCUUGUCUGUCGAGGAUGCUACUUCAUGCCAAUGGCACUCGAAGACGGAGCCAGACCCUCGCAGCGAAGCAGCGACUUUCUUCUUGACUUGAUGAUCAACUAUCCGCAUCACAUCAAUGUGCUCAAAGACCUGUUACCUGCUGAGUAGAGAUGGACGGAUAUGUUGAUAUCAUAGUGAGCGUGAUGAUAUCUCCAACCCACGAGAUAGUGUCCGGGAGUGUCCUGGCACCGAGUGACAUCAUUCAAGAAUAUUGCGUAUGUGAUCUGGACAGGUGCUGGCAUACGUCCGAAAGCAUACAAGCAGACUGCACUAUUUAAAAUGUGUGACUUUUUUUCAAAUUACUUGUAUUAUAACCACUUGAGAUCUGUGUGCACUUUCCCCUGCAUUCCCUGACCGUACUGAGCUGAACGUGAGGCAUCUGGUGCCGAGUGA